GUGAAUAUUUUGUGUUGCCGCGUGUUCACGUGUGUGUUUCUGUGUCAGACCCCCCAAAUGCCACCAUCACCACGGCCUCAGGAGACUGGUUCGUGGGUGCGGAGAACGCUGAGCUGGUGUGUGACAGCGGAGGACACCCCAAACCUCAGAACAUCACCUGGAUACGGAGGGGAGGAGCUCUUCCAGAUGGGGUGUCUGUGGUCGGAGGAAAGCUUGUAUUCGGGCGGACCCUCCGCUCGAAUGACACCGGGGUCUACGAGUGUGCGGCCGUGAACAUUGUAGGAGUAGGAAAAGCAGAGUAUUCACUGAAAGUAGCAGACAAAUCUCAACGUAAGGUCGUCCCCUCUGACGAUAACCUGCUGCUGAUCAUCCUCGGAUCCUCGGCCGCAGCUCUGGUCCUGGUCCUGAUCGUUGUCGUCCUGCUCGUCAACCGCUACCAUCGCCACAGAAACAAAAAUCUUGAGAGGCAGCUCACUGAAAAAACGGACGAAAUUAACAGCCUCUCCAGACAAGCCUCUUUCAGGAGACUGAACUCCGUUAGCACAGACCCCAGAGUGCAGCCUGAAGAUUACGCUCUGCUCAGAGUCGACAGCAGGAUGAAGAACAGCCAAAUGUCCCUGGAGCGGCCCAACUACAAAGGCAGCCAGUCCACGCUGGGCGGGAAGUGGGGUCCCCCGGGGGGAGUGGAGGUGGACGAGCUGGGACGUCCGGUCGUCUGGCACGACGGCAGGGAGAGCCUGAGACAAAAGGAGAUGGACGGAGAGAAGGAGGAGCGCAGGAGGAGGGUGGAGUCGUAUUUGAAGAGCAGCAACAUGUCGCUGGACUCAGGUCUCCCUUCAUCCCUGGUUCCCCUGAAGGUCCAGCAGGAGGAAGGGCCCAGAGAGCCGGACCUCGGCCACCUCAGGGAAGGCGACUCUCCACGUGUGGAGGACUGGGCUCCCACGCAGUCGGUAGAGGAGGAACAGGAGGAGGAUGAGGGUGACGACGGCAGCAGCUCCUACCAGAUCUCAGAGGCGCUCACCAAUCACUUCUACUUCAGCAAAGGAGUCCUCAGACCCAGGCCACACUCCAACGCCAUUCUGCUGCAUCCCAGAGGACAGAUGAUCUAGACCGCAGACUCUGCUCAUGUGGCGAGACAGCGUCUGUCUGCAUUCCUGCAUGGACGACAAUCUUACGUCUUUGUGUGAACAAAACAAACGUGAUUACAGACAGCAGCUGGUUAAUUUCCCUCAGGCACUACUCAAAUACUGAAAAUACUUUUCCUCUGGGCUGUCAGAUUUUGUUCAUUUAUUCUAAUGCUAUAAUAAUUGGGAAUAUAAUUACUUUUAAUUAAUUACUUUUUGGCCGUUGUUAAGAUACAGAAUAGUGGAGAAAUAGCCGACAAUGAGGGGAUAGUGAUGAUGAACGACACUCUGUUGAACAGCCAUCGGGAACUAAUUUGGAAGUUUGUGAGAAUUAUAAUCAUUUUAAAGAAAUAGAGGAAAAGGUGGAGAUUUUUAGUUUUCACUCACCACGACAAACAAAAACUAAUUUAAAAUACAAGGAAUCAUGGGUCCUGUUACACAGUGUUUACUAUGAGUCCUGUCAGUUUACAUCAAAAACAUUCAGGCAGGACAAUGUGGACAAAGACGGUUUCUAGGCUUUAGUCAAGAGGGAAUUCUUCUCAGAACCAUGAAUUUUUCAGCGUGGAUUCACCUGUGGAGGACAACGUAGUGUGUGUAUUUGUAUAUGUGUGUAUUAUAAAUAUGAGGGAGAGAUAAAGAGCUAUUGUAUACUUACAAUAUUGUUACCUGCAACAAGAGAAAGGCCAAAGAAAAAAAAAGGCCUUUUACCCCGAGGACCAGAACAUGGACAUGAAAAAGAAACUGGCAAAUGAGGAAACGGGGACAAAACCUGCAGGAGAUGAACAUGUUUUAUAUCCAUCCAGUGUUUUCUAUGAAAGUAAAAAAAAAAAAUUAAAAAAACCUGAUAUGUAAA